CCAAGUAUGUGCGUCGAUCUUGGAAACUUUGCAACGAGUCGAGAAGGUGAAGAGGAGCUUUAAGAGAGAUCUAUGGAGACAUUGGAAAGAGCAUAAUAGGCAUCUAUAAAGGCAAAGCAACGCAAUGUUCCCUAGAGUAUUCCCAAGAAGGGUGUUUACCACAAAGCUGACAGGAUCUUUAACAAGAUCUUCUUCACCAUUCUCAACCUAUAGACCUCUGUUCCAGGAGAAGACCUUGACAUUCGACGAUGUGUCGUCUCAAAAGACUCUGACCAAUGUCCAUGCACCACAGUCUAGCUCCAGUGCGCCAUCCUACAGGUCCUCAGAGUUCAUACACAAGUACAUUUUGUACUGCAAUUUCACAAAGAACAACACUCAUUUCACACUCAGUGCCGUUGUGGAGGAUUUGGACUUUGAGAAGAAGAACCCUCAACUCUCAUUCAACGAGAAAGUCCUAUACUACCAUCGUUUACCACAAAAGGUGAAAGUUGCCAUCUCAACGGGUCAAUUGGGUUUCAGAAAGUCCGCCAGAGGUGAAUACGAAGCAGGUUUCCAGACCGCUGCAAAGAUGUUCAGUAUCAUGGAGGAGAGAAAUUUCCUCGACAAGGACUUGGAAAUCGUAAUGAAGAACUUUGGUAAAGGUCGUGGUGCAUUCGAAGACGCUCUAAAGGGUAAAGAAGGUAACAGAGUUAGAGGUAAAGUUGUCAGACUGAGUGAUAACACCAAGCUCAAAUUUGGUGGUACUAAAUCUCCAAGAGUUCGUCGUUUGUAGUUGAAUUUGACAUUCCUGUAUAUAUAUCUACAUCUAUAUCUAUCUCUCCAUAUGAUAUGAUAACAUAAAAGCAGUGCUAUACUGUAUAUACAUGUACACCAUUACUG